CGAGUGCUUGUUAUGCUAACAGACUUCGAGUUGCCUUCCUACAGCGACAGCAACGCGAAGUGUGAAAUAAGUCAAAAUGUCGUCGUACAAAUACAUAAUUGGUUUGGCCGUUUUGGUUGCCGCUCUGUUCACUGUCACCACCGUACCAUCCGCUAGUGGAGCUGUUGCUUCCUAUGCCCCAGCCAACAAGUCGCAUCAUCUGAUCGUCGGCUACAGGAUGUCCGGAGACAGACUUGUCUACAGAGAAAACAUUAACAAGGCUUCUAGCUGGAUGAAGGUUACGAUUGUUGAAAAGGCCUUCAAUGUCUCAAAAUGGGAACGUAUCACUAUGGUUCAAGCAUUGGACCAGAAGACGAAUGGAAACGGCGCGUAUGCUAACAUUCUGAAAGGUGGACCUGGAUACAACAAUGUCACCAUAAGGUUCAAGAGUCAAAGAGGUCACGGCAUUAACUUCGUCGUUCAGCUUUAUGCACGAUGAAUAAUCAACCAUAGUGGAAAAUAUACUUCUAUAACUGGUACGACAAUUUCUAAAGAGACGAUUAGGAUGAAGCAGUAAGAAUCAAUCUUAAAAACUACAUCUUCGAGUUCUAAGCUAUUUAUUAUUGAAACACUAUUGCCACUGUCGCUAAAAGAAAACUGUCAUUGAUUUUAUUUUUGUUAUUUACUUUAGCUUUUUGAUUUCUGAAUGUAUGACCAAUAAAUUAACAUAAUUGAUUGAUAUAA